CAUGCCGCGAUUUUGUUCAUUUCUCUCUCUCUCUCACUCACUCGUCCCGCUUUUUCAAAUUUGAUUCUUCAAUAUUUUUGCGCCCGAUAUAUUUUCUAUGACAUCGAUGGUAUUGCUGCCCGUUGAUAUUAUUGCUGUUUUGAGCCACUUUCAAACCGCGUUAAUGUGUAAUUUUUGCGGCUGAUAAAUUUGUAUGCUCCGUUGUUAUUACUGUCGAACAUCAAAUCGAACGAGAAGCCGAGAAAAAAAUUGUAUAUAUAUAUAUAUCGAAAAUUCAACACAACAACACCGAAACAAAAUAUCGGAUGUGUACAAUAGCGCGAAAUAUUGUUUUGCGUACACCACCACGUUCACCUCACUUCGAGUCUCUUAACGCGCGAAUCCAAUGUUUUGCAGCCGAAAAAAAACCGACACACAGGCAAUUUUGUCUUCUUCUUUUUCUUUUUUUUUUGCUUCACUAACACACGUAGAUGCAAAUGGAACAAUGUUUUCUUUUUGGUUGUUGCUUCAAAACCAUUCAACGAGAAUAACACGACAAAAUUUUCAUGGGAUCGAUGAUUUCAACUUUGUUUGCUUUUUUUUCUUGUUAAAUUUUCAUAAUUAUGCACACUGUUCAAUUAACGGAUAGUUCGAUAAACAUGAAGCGUUUUGGAAUUCAUUGAGUUUCUUUGACUGUUGAACUGAUGGCCGCCACUUGAACGACAGAUAGAAUGAUAAUAGAUGCAGCGCGCGCGUAAAUAGAUAAAAUAUGGACAAACAAUUACAAUUUAUCUGUACAAUUCAAAACACGGAUAACAAUCAAUGCUGUCGUUGCUGCACACCGAAUUUCAACUAGUUUACACGCUUGUUUUAUUUUUUCGUUUCUUUUGCAAUUUUCUAUUACUUUGUGGAGAUGGGAUCAAAACGGCUCGAUAAAUCGACUGAUCUCAGUGUUUUGUUGUUGUCGCCUCUUUUUUUUGUUAUUUAUCGAAUAAACGAACCCAAACAAAAUAACAAUAUCAAUAUGAUACAGUUAGCACAUGCACUACACACUCAAUUCGUUGGAUUUCAGCAUGUAAAAAUAAAAGACACACAGCGCGCUGGUAUGCAAACAGAAAAUUAAAACGAAAAAGAAAAACAACAACUAAUAAUUCGUCGGUCUCACUGAAUUUGUUCUAUCUUGCUGUUGUUCAACAUUGUUCAUUUGUCAUGUUUUGAUAGUUGCGAUAGUUCAUCGUUCAUGUAUUGUUCUUUCCAAUGUUCUAAAUUACGGAAUAUCGUUGCCGAUUUCAUUUGGAUAAUUUACGGAUAAUUUCAGUUGAUAUUUCAAUAGGUAACAUGAGAGAAACAAUUUACAAACAAACAAAAUAAUCCCGAUAAUGUGCACCGAAAAAAGAGAAAUUUCGAUCUGACGCUUUCGGAUACACACAAAUACACAAGACCGUAUACACAAAAAAAAAUGUGACAAUUCGGUUCGUACGCUUUUCGCUAGCUUCUCUUGCUUUCUCUCACACACACCGUUUAUCUUCACGUUGUGUUUCUUUUUUCUUCUUCUCUUGUAUUUGUCGUUUUGUUUCUUCUUUUCUCUCUUUCUCUCUCUCUCUUUCUCUCUCUAUUUGCCUGAAAGUGUACGCACACACAAACGAAUCGGUGAACUACUCCAAAACCGAUAUUAGGCUCCAAUCCAUCACGGACGCUUCGAAUGGACAAAUUUCACGGUAUCUUCGGAUCGGCGACGACGUUUUGUGAUCCUUUUUUUUUCUUCUGCUGCCACCGAACUACUCUUGCUCACUCGUGUGUAUGUAUGUAUGUUGUAUUCAACAAAUUAUUAUAGUUAUUAUGAUGAUUUUAUUUUGUGUGUGGCUCGAUCAAAUCACAAUCAUCCGGAUAUUUUGCUUUUUUUUCGACGAGCUGAAAUGCUGCCUGAAAUUGUCUGUAUGAGAUGGCAAUAUAGCUGUGCUCGAACCAAUGUAAAUAAAACUGAAUUUGGCUUUCCCGGUAUUCGGUAUCGGUGUCUCUCGAUUUCGGUUGUCCAGUUGGUUGCCAAAUUGCAGCAUUUAUUGAAACGCCAAAUUCCGACACAAAUUCGCUGUUUUUUUUUCUUUCUUUCUUUUGUUGCACCACGUUUGUUUCGGACUGACAGAAUUUUUUUUUCCGUUCAAAUGUCGCAGCGUUUUUCGUUUUGAUAAAAAUGCAACGACACAAACCACCGAAAGCGAAAAAUAUAAAAUUAAAAAUAAUUUCAAUGUACCAAUGACAUUUCUCGUCACUCACUGCUCAUAUAAUUUUAUGUAUACUAUAUAUACUCAAUUGGCUUUUCGCUCUUUUUUUUCGGAAGUAAACCAAAUCGACAAUUAAUAAAUACUGCUGCUUCGCGUUUCCAUCUUGGUAAUCAAACAAAGUUCAUUUUUUUUUCCUAGUGAACACACACGUUUUUGCCGAAUUUUUCGUUUUCUUUCUUUGUUAAUAAAUAGAACAAAUUAAUGCCAACCGAUUCGCUUUUUUAACUCUCUUCAAUUCGACAGAAAAAUUUUUUUUUCCGUUUUUACUUUUUUCCCCUUUUCCGAUUCUUAUUAUACCAGCGAAAUGGCAUUAGGUUUUUAUUUUAUUGUUGUUGCUGGUGCAAACUCAAUAUGCACGUAAUUUUUUUUCACUCCGUUUGCGGUGGCCUGUAAAAACCUACUGACUCGUUAUUUUAUAAGGUACAACAUACAUUGUGUAACGCUUUGGUGAGGAGAGCGUAUGUCUUGGUUCGCAAUGCGAUGCGUGUGUUGAUGCUUUUGGUGCUGUGUUACAAUCGCGUUUUCAACGUUUAUCUCUCUCAUUCGCUCACUCUUACUCUCUCGCUCGUUUGUUUCCAUUGGAAGCGCGCGGCGCGCGUUCUGCAUGUGUGUGAGUGUGUUUUUGAAACGCUUUGGCUUUUUCGGCCAUUGCAUUUAAUUGUUAUGACAGUUCGCCCAAAACCGUGCACAUUUUUACCCGGUUAAUCAAAAAAUCCCAUCAAUUGAAAUGGUUUUAUUUUUUGAAAUGGCAAACAGUUUUUGUUUGAUAAUUCAAUGGGAAAAAUAAAAUAAAAUUGCAAACAUUUCUUUUCGCUUUAGUAAAUGGAUCGAUUUGCGUUGCUUUAAUACAGCGCCAUUUAGAUGGUUGCGGCGAAAUGAUUCAGAUAGCGCUAUCAGUCGCAAUAUCAAAUUGACGAACACACACACACACACACACACAAACACCAGUACCAACGAUGCGGUUAGAGAGCGGCUUUACUUUCGGCACACAUACACGAUAUGCACAAACACACCUGCAUUGUGUGAACGCGCGUGUGUGCGUGCAUUUGCGCGCGUGUGUUUGUGUAUCGCUCAUUCUCUCGCUUGACAUAAAUGAGGUUUGCAAUGACAAUUGGUGAGGGCAGCACAUGACGGCGAAUUCAAACAGAUUGAGUUUUAAAAAUUGUCAGUUGUGUCGUCAAACGAAUAUUAGUACCUCGUAUACAUUGUAAUUUUUGUACAUUGGGGAGUGUUGCAUUUGAGUUCUUUUUUUUUCGGUUUGAUUGUUGUUUUCGUCGAUGAUGUUCAUCAACUUUUUGCAAAAUGUUUCCAUUUUUUAGCUACAAUUCACCCAUAGCUACGGAAUAAUUGUGAAUUGAAAGUAAUUUUCAAUUUUAUUUGUGAUAAAUUCCAAAAUUUUCGUGUGUAAACUGUCGUUGUUGUUGUUGGUGUGUGUGUGAGUGUUUUUAGAAAACACCCAUUCGCAAAUCGUCAGUUUAAACGAGAAAAAAAAAUUCGUUUGUGUUUUGCAUACACAACUCUUUUUGUGUGUUAACGGUCGAAUUAAGUUUUUUGUGACGAACUGGUGAAAAUUUGUACUUUCUAUAUGGAAACAAUCAGUGAACAAGAAACUGAAGCAUUCAUUGUAAUUAUAUGAUCGCAUGCAUUUGAUGUGUGUAGACGCGUACAGCAAUUAUUCGAAGAAACAGCAACAACAACAACAACAACAAAUAAAAACAUACGAACAACCAAGGAAGCAGAAAAUAUGGACAAGGAGAUUGCGGAUCGAUUGCGAAAUGAGAAUCCAGAGCAAUUUCAGACAUUGGUUCGCAUGCAUUUGUCAUUUGAAUUAGAUCUCAACACAGAUCCAGUCGAUAAUGAUAGCGUAACCAAUGUGAAGCUACGGUCGAAGAAAUUGUUUGCUUUUCCAAAAAAGUCCAAACAAUUGCAAUCGACUACGAAGAGUCCACCGUUUAACGUUGUCGAUACACUGACACCGGUCGGCAUCGAGCAACUCAAGCAAAUGAUUCGCUUUCUGACGGAGAGUCAAAAUAUCAUUCAAGAGGGAAUUUUCCGACGAACUGGAUCGGUGGCGCGUCAAAAUGAGCUACGGCGUCGUCUUCACGAACAGAAUACACUGGAUUUUAGCAGUGGCGAGUACACGGUGCAUGAUUGUGCCAGUGUUUUAAAGUCAAUCAUUGCCGAUUUACCGGAGCCACUUUUAACCGAUCAUUUUUAUGCGAUUCACUGUCAAAUCGCCGAACUGUACAAUAGCAACCAAACGGAAUGCAAUCAAACGAAAGAAAUGCGACUGUUGCAUUCGAUUCAAUUGCUGUUGCUAUUGUUGCCGCAAGAGAAUCGCACGCUAUUCUAUGACAUAAUUAAUAUGUUAAAUGAAACCGCAAAAUAUGAAUCCAAUAAUAAAAUGUCUUCCGAAAGUUUGGCCACAUUGUUUACGCCACACUUGAUUUGCCCACGAAAAUUGGCACCAGAAGCGUUGCACACCAUUUCACAGAAUAUGUCCGGUUUGAUAAGUUUUAUGAUUGGCAAAGGUGAUGAAUUGCAAGCCAUUCCAACGAAAUUGGCCACCGAUAUUCGAGCCUAUUUGGUAGAGCAACGCCGUAAAAAAGUUCUAUCGCCUGAACUGCAAAUGCUUGACGAAUCGGUGACAUCGGAUUCAACGGCCAAUACCGUGUACACAUUUGUCGAUCGUGAAAAAACUGCCGAAGCACAUAAUUCAAAUCCAACGGAUACAGCACUGGCGCAGCUGUAUGCAUACAUUCAAACAUUGCCCGAGUCAUCGAAGAAGCGAAAACUGAUUAAGCAAUUCAAUAAGGAGAACGGACAGGGAACACCAUUGCAACAGCAAAUGAUGAUGCGCUUGAAAAAAGGCAAUGUAACCGCACCACGGCCAAACAAAUCACUUAGUGGAUCAAUAAAAAAGCACAUUUUUCAUUCGGCACUUGGUUCAAAGACACCAAAACGUGGAUCGACCACGAUGUGUUCCACGCCGAGUAUACCUGAAAUUAGCACGCCGGUCAGUAGAAGAGGGCACGAUUUGACACCAAAAUCUAAAUCAAUAUUCCAUACGCCACUCAAUCAGAGAUUGAAUGCACCGCACACCGAUUCAUUUUCCUCGUCGACGCUCGAAACGCCGAAAUCGGCACUGAAACUGGCCAAAAGUGCCGAUGCCCAAGAAACAAUAGCAAUAGAUGGUGAUAGUGAAAAGAAUGACAAUAAAGUGGAGCGAAAGGAAGCGGCCAAAAUUAAAUUCGCUCAAAAUGACAAGGAUAUUGCGCAUGAACAGAACUAUCAUACGCCAAUUUCCUUUAAAAUGAACAAAUUCAUGAUGUGCUUUAAAUCGGAGCCGGAUUUGAGCCGUGUGCAGAGUGGCAGCGAACAUGAACCAAUACUAAAUCGUGGACGAUUCAUUGCCAAGAAGCUACUUAGUGGCGUUAGCAUGAUUAAUUUGCGAAGACCAUUCGCCAGCUCAAGUGAAAAGGCGAUAAUAAAUGCAACCGCCACUGCUACUGCAACUCCAACUGAAACAAUGGCAAACAAUGAUGUGAACAAAGUGGAGAAUAUAUCGAUAAAGGCACUUGAAGUGCCACCAAAUGAAACUGAAGCUUAUAAUCCAAUAAGAACGGUUGAAGUGCCAGCGAAAAUUCAAACUGGCGAGAAAAUAAUCGAGGAUGAUGACGAAGAUUUCGUCGAUGAUGAGGAAGUCGAUCGAGAAUAUGAUGAUAGCGUUGACAAAGAGAAUCGUUCACCCAUCCAAUGCAAGACCAUUGAUUACAUUUCGAAAUUAAAGCCGCCACCAUCAACAGCAAUUGGCUGCAGCACCAUUUUAUCCGAUUCAAUAACGAACGAUUCCGUGUCGCCAAUCACCAAAUCAACACAUCGCAUGUCGAAAGCGAUGCAGGAAUCUAUAAUGACACCACGGUCACGGAAACCAGUCAUUAUUGGUGCAAUGCUUGGCUUGGCAUCGGACAAUUAUCAUCAAAACUUUAUGAAUUUCCCAAUGGACGAAGUUGAAAAUAGUUUUAACUGUGAAAAUACACAAGAGCCACUGGAUUCAUCUUUGCAUCGAUCGAAGAGCGAAAGUAGUCUUUUGUUGCGAUCACCGAUCAACGCUCAAAUACAAUCCAACACCGAAACGGCGGUGGACGAACCAAAACCAAUUAUCAAAUCAAAUUCCGAUGAAACAUUAUCCACUCCGUUCAGGAAAUAUUUAUUCAGUCGCAGUUUGUUGACAACACCGGUGGAUUCAUCGUUUUCAAGCCAAUCGGAUGACUUUGAAAAUCUAAACGAUUCAGAGAUGAGCGAAAGUUUGAUUUACUGUUUGAAUGGAAACGAUCCGAUUGAUGAUUUUAUUGGCUUGCCCAAUGUCAAUAAUGAUAAUCCAGUCACACCACGGACGACGACGAGUCGCAUUUAUGCCAGUGGCAGCAGUUCAUGCCACAAAAAUAGCAUUCCAACCAAACGACCACUAAAAAGUGACGAUGACCUAGGCACUAAUUCACUUAUCGAUCCAAUCUAUGGCGAAUAUAGUUGUAUUAAUGCCAAGAAAAAUCAUUUGGAACUAGACGAAACUGCCCUUUAGUGAUGAUAUAGAAUGUAUGUCUCAGCUAAAGGCAGUUUAAAUUAGAAAUACGUAACAAAUUGUAUUAAUCGAACAAACAAAACGCAAAAAAAAAACAUUUAUUAUAUUAAUGGCACAUAAUCAAUCAAUAUAUAGUACAUUGCACUGAAAUGCAUGGGCAUGUGCAGCGUGCAUGUCAUAAAUGUAUUUUACUUUUAUCAAAUGGUGUAGGAAAAAAAUAAUAAUUUAAUGAUAAUAUCAAAACGAUCUAUUUUAAAAUACAAGUCUUUAUUAAGAAACAAAUAUUUUUCAAAAUAACAUUUUUAUCGGGAAAUGUUUCUGUAAAAAAAAAAUGAUAACAAAAAUGACAUCGAUGGGAAAAAAAGAGGAGCAUUUUUCUCUAGAUAAUAGCAAAAAAAAAUAUAAUCAAAAGUUUUCUUGUUACAGAUACUUCAAACCGGAUAUAUGCAAAUAAAAUUUAAAUGCAAAAUCAA